AUGUCUCUUCAAUCGUCACAUCUUAAGACCGAGUAUGUGGCCUUGGAAGAAAUUCGCAGACCCAUACCUCCAGUGUUAGACACACAAAAGAUCGAUGCGAUGGUGUCUACCUUAAAGGGAACACCUCAGGCUUCAGCUACAUGUGCAUUGGAAGACAUAGAAUCUGGUCAAUUGCCUCCUAUAGAUGUGUUUAAAGUACGGGAACAAGGGAAAUCGUACUACUUUGCCUUUGGUGGUUGUCAUAGAUUCCAAGCAUACGAUAGAUUAGCUGUGGAAAAUAAUAAUAGGAAUGAACCUACUAUGGUGAAAUGUCGCAUUCUUCCUGCAACUAGAGACUCGCUCAAAGUCUAUUUGGGAUCAUCUGUUGAUACCAUGUUCCCUAGUGGUUCUAGUGCUUAG